UGAAGCGGCCUUCGGAGGGCGUGGCCUGCACGGUGGUGGGGGCGGGCCGUGGGGGAGCUGCUUCCGGGCGAGCUCCCCCGCCCCGAUGUGGGACCCGGAAGGCCAGAGCCGGAGACAGCGGUGGUGGGAGCAGCUUCCCGGAGCCCUUAGGGAGGCAGACAGAGCCUGCAGCCAACACCCCAGGAGCCCUUGGUUCCAACCAUCUGAUGCCCCUGUGCCCACUGGCUCACGACAUGCAGCCCCAGUCCAUUCUGCACAGUGGCUACUUCCACCCACUGCUUCGGGCCUGGCAGACCGCCACCACCACCCUCAAUGCCUCCAACCUCAUCUACCCCAUCUUUGUCACGGAUGUUCCUGAUGACGUACAGCCUAUCGCCAGCCUCCCAGGAGUGGCCAGGUAUGGUGUGAGCCGGCUGGAAGAGAUGAUGAGGCCCUUGGUGGAAGAGGGCCUACGCUGUGUCCUGAUCUUCGGUGUCCCCAGCAGAGUUCCCAAGGACGAGCGGGGUUCUGCAGCUGACUCCGAGGAGUCCCCAGCUAUUGAGGCAAUCCGUCUUUUGAGGAAGACCUUCCCCAACCUCCUGGUGGCCUGUGAUGUCUGCCUGUGUCCCUACACCUCCCAUGGUCACUGUGGGCUCCUGAGUGAAAAUGGAGCAUUCCGGGCCGAGGAAAGCCGCCAGCGGCUGGCUGAGGUGGCACUGGCUUAUGCCAAGGCAGGAUGUCAGGUGGUAGCCCCAUCGGACAUGAUGGAUGGACGAGUAGAAGCCAUCAAGGAGGCCCUACUGGCACACGGAUUCGGCAACAGGGUGUCAGUGAUGAGCUACAGUGCCAAGUUUGCUUCCUGUUUCUAUGGCCCUUUCCGGGAUGCGGCUCAGUCAAGCCCAGCUUUUGGGGACCGCCGCUGCUACCAGCUGCCCCCUGGAGCACGAGGCCUGGCCCUCCGAGCUGUGGACCGGGAUGUACGGGAAGGAGCUGACAUGCUCAUGGUGAAGCCAGGAAUGCCCUACCUGGACAUCGUGCGGGAGGUAAAGGACAAGCACCCCCACCUCCCUCUCGCCGUGUACCACGUUUCUGGAGAGUUUGCCAUGCUGUGGCACGGAGCCCAGGCUGGGGCAUUUGAUCUCAAGGCUGCUGUACUGGAGGCUGUGACUGCCUUGCGCAGAGCAGGUGCUGACAUCAUCAUCACCUACUACACACCCCAGCUGCUGCAGUGGCUGAAGGAGGAAUGAUGGGGAGAGUGCCAGACCCGAGAACUAGAACUUUAAAAAGCUCCCCGGGGCCACAGAGAAGUGAAAGCCAAAGUAAAUGCUGCUUUUAGAACUGUGCCCUCGUGCCCUCUUCCUGCUUACAUGCUGGUGGGCCCAGCAGCCCUGGGUGGUUUUGCCGGCAUGCUAACUCUUACAACUCGCAACUGCAUCCUAUGGGCUUUCCCAAGCUUCCCUGCCCCUCCCCUGGAUCAGCCCUGAGCUGACCUCAGCUCACUCUCAGCUCUUUUCUCUGGUGUGGCUUCAGCUUGAAAGCAACCUGGAGCUGGGGCACAGGUUUGGUGGGGCCUGGCUGGGAGAGGGUCUUGGAGCAUUACGGGAAGAGGAGAACCGUGGCAUCUUGGGGCCUGAGAAGCCUUAGAAAGCUUCUGGCAGCAGAGCUGGGUGUGGAACUGAGGCCUAGAUCGAUAUCCCUGGGUUAGCAUUGAAAUGUGCUGCGAUUCCACUGGAAGGCAUUUCCCACACAGGCCAGAGGUUGCCAGGCUGCCUGAGGUCUCCUGUUCUACUCUGAACCAUAAACCCAGAGAAGAAUUACUCCUUAGCAGCAGAAAUACUGCCUGAGGAUCAAAACUUAGAGGCAAAGAGGGAGUUCCUGACUGCUGGAGAUGCUACCACCAGAAACACUUUUUAUUCAAGAGAUACUUUUUGAGAACCUCUGCCCUGCUCCUAGGUUCAGGGCUGGGUCCUGGGAAUACAGCAGGACAGACCUCAGCUUGUCUCUUCACGGAAAUUAUACAGCGAGAAUAGGGGAGACAGCUAAGAUGAAAACAAAGAAAUAAAGCGGUUACACGUUGUGAUAAGUGUUUUGAAGGAAAAGAAGGGGUCUGAGACAGAGAACAACAGAGAAGGGGCCUCUCUUGAAACAGUGGUUGGGGCCAGGCAUGGUGGCUCAUGCCUGUAAUCCCAGCACUUUGGGAGGCGGAGGCGGGCAGAUCACAAGGUCAGGAGUUUGAGACCAGCAUGGCCAAUAUGGUGAAACCCCAUCUCUACUGAAAAUACAGAAGUUAGCUGGGUGUGGUGGCGGGUGCCUGUAGUCCCAGCUACUCAGGAGGCUGAGACAGGAGAAUUGCUUGAACCUGAGAGGUGGAGAUUGCAUUGAGCUGAGAUCACGCCGUUGCACUCCAGCCUAAGCAACAGAUCAAGACUCCAUCUCAAAAAAGAAAGUUGUUGGGAAGGAGGCAGAUACGCACCAGUGAUGUGGUGACAGGUGCUGUGAAGGAGGUCACCAGGCUCUGACCUGCUUUGAAGGAUCAGAAAAUACUUCCCUGAAGGGCUGACAUUGGAGCCUAGACUUGAAGGGUGAGCCAUCAAGCUAAGACGUAAUUGGGGAAGAGCAUUCCAGGGAGAAGGAAGAGUUGUGCAAAGUCCCUGGAGCUCCUAGCUGGAGGAACGCAAGGGUAGCCUGUCUGGAGCACUGAGAGCAUGGCCCAAACUGAGUGGAGAGAGAUAGACCAGGACCAAACUGCAGGGGUCAAGGGCCACAUUCACCUUUUCAGAAUGACUCAAUCAAGUUUGCAGUUUGUAGAAGUAUUUUAACAGCUCUAUGGCAAACUGCAGAUGAAAGUCUUGACAGCAUGAACUGGAGGGGUGACAGUGGGGAUGGAGAAAGGGGAAUGGAUUGUGGAUGUGUUUAGACGGUAGAUUAGAUCUCAGGAAUGAGUCUGGCUUGAACUUCUGGGUGGCUGAUGUGCCACGGGGAAAGCUGGAUGGAGGAACAGAAGCAGAGUCAGGGUGGAAGGAGAAUACUAAACUUGAGACAUUUUGCAAUGAGGAAGCUACAUCUAGAGAGCUUAUGUGACUCACUUAAGGUCACUUAACAAGUUUGUGGCAGAACUGGGUUAGAACCACACGGGAUACAGCCAAGCUGGGAUUUGAAUCCACAGUCCAACUCUGAGGCCUCUGCCCCAAACCACUGUGCCAUACCACCUCCCAAUAAUCAGCAGCAAAUGUAUAGGUCUAACAAUGUUAUACGGCUACCCCUCCAAUUAUGUGAUAAGUGGUUUACAUCCUGAUAAACCCACCAUAAACUGAAAAUAUGAUCAUAAGUCAAAAAUGCAUUUAAUAUACCUAACCUACCAAACUUCAUAGCUUAGUCUAGCAUUCCUUAAACAUGCUCAGAACACUUACAUUAGCCUACACUGGGCAAAACUACCAACACAAAAAUCUAUAUGGUAAUAAAGUUAUAAAUGUAAAGUCAAAAAUCGUGAGUUGAAUGAUCAUAGUUCGGGAACCAUCUGCAAUUACCUCCAGUAAUAGGGGGAUACCGAGGAGACCAGGGAACUUCUUGGUUGCAAGUGAUGAUCCAGUUCGAUUGUGAAGAAGGACAUGACUGGUUUUCUUUUCUGUUUUUGUUUUGAGUCAGAGUCUUGCUCUGUCGCCUAGGCUGAGUGCAAUGGCAUGAUAUUGGCUCACUGCAACCUCUGCCUCCCAGGUUCAAGCAUUUCUCUGCCUCAGCCUCCCAAGUACCUGGGAUUACAGGUGCCCAUUACCACACCCAGCUAAUUUUUGUAUUUUUAGUAGAGACUGUUUCGCCAUCGUGGCCAGGCUGGUCUUGAACUCCUGACCUCGUGAUCUACCACCUUAGCCUCUAAAAAUGCUGAGAUUACAGGCAAGAGCCACCAUACCUGACCAUGAUUGGUUUUCAUAAUUGGAUUGUGAUAAGUACAGGUGUGGUUGGACCGAGGGUCAAAGGCUCUCAUGGAGGACUCUCUCUUUCUAGCUCUCGUCUGUGUUUGCCCCAGGUUAGCUUUACACUCAGGUGGGUUUUUGCCACUUGCCAGCAACAUGAUCCUCAAUAACUUUAGGCUUAAAUAGUCUUUAAGAUUUGUAAUCCCAGAGGAAGAUCAUUUCUGUCCCAUCACUCACAUACCAAAUCUCCUCUUCAGAUCACAUGGUCCACUCUUGGCCCAGUCACUGUAAACAGUGGGAUGGGAGAUGGGGACGCCAUUACUGACCAGGUAGGCCUCAUUACACAGAAUGCUGUCGAGGACUGAGCUUUUGCAUGAGUGGUCUCCUUGGCCUGGAAUGCUUUUCCCCUAAAUCUAUAUGGAUGUCUCUCUUGUUAAGAUCUCAGCUCAAAGUGUCCCUUCCUCUGAGGAAACUGACCCAAUAUCCAAUCUAAAGUCAUUCUGGAGCCAGGCGCAGUGGCUCACACCUGUAAUCCCAGCACUUUGGGAGGCCAAGGUGGGUGGAUCACUUGAGGUCAGGAAUUUAAGACCAGCCUGGCCAACAUGGCAAAAACCCAUCUCUACUAAAAUUAUAAAAAAUUAGCUGGACAUAUGGCAAACACCUGUAGUCCCAGCUACUUGGGAGGCUGAGGCAGGAGAAUCAGUUGAACCCAGGAGGCGGAGGUUGCAGUGAGCCGAGAUCACACCACUGCACUGGGCAAGAGUCAGGCUCUGUCAAAAAACAAAAAAAGUCAUUCUCUAGUCAGUCUGUAUUAAUCAGGAUUCUGGUUCAGUGGAUACAGCAAAAGCCAAAAUAAUGAUAUCUAGUUAAACAUCCUGAUUUUAUAGAUGGGGAGGCAGACCCAGAGAGGAGAGUUGCCUGAAAUUAGACAGCAAGUUAGUCAGUGGCAGACAAAGGCUGGAAUUCAGGUCUCUUAACUCUAAGCCCAGUGCUCAAAACUUGGGAAGGGGAUGGAGACAGUGGCUCACACCUGUAAUCCCAGCACUGUAGGAAGCCAAGGUGGCAGGAUUGCUUGAGGCCAGGAGUUCAAGACCAGCCUGGACAAUAUAGCAAGACCCCAUUUCUGCAAAACAAAAUUUUUUUCAAUUGAAAAUAAAACUAGUGAAGGGAUUUAUUUUAGAGGGACUUUACCUUUACAUGUAUUAUUUCUAUUCAUGUAUUAUAUGUAACAAGGAUAUAUUCGCGUGUGGCUGUGUAAAUAAAAAAUGAAAACUUGACUAAUACA